AUGGCUCUCGAUCGUGUUGUCAGCUUAAUCCUGCGCGUAGCAGAGCUGGUCUUUGCAGCCAUCGUCGCUGGUGUCAACGGUGAAUAUCUUCACAAUGCCCGUGGCGCAAGCUCAUGGCAACUCGGACGCUUCAUUUACACCGAGGUCGUUGCCGCGCUGGGCAUACUGUUUUCCUUACUGCUCCUGAUUCCCUUCUCGAGCACAUUUGUGCACUGGCCUCUGGACAUCUUCAUGUCCAUCAACUGGUGGAUUGUCUUUGGCCUUCUUGUUGAUCUUGUUGGAACCUCAUGUGGCCGUGUCUUUGACUGGGACAAUGUUCACCCAGUGCAUGGAGACCAAUGUGGAAAGACAAAGGCUGUCAUCGCCUUCAGCUUUCUUUCAGCUCUUCUGUGGCUUGUGUCUGCCAUUGUCGGCUUCUUCUGGGUUAGAAAGCGAGAGCGCACUGCACGAAGAGCUGAGGAAGCCCACCACAACCGCCGUCGAGGUCCUUGGUUCCGCAGCAGAGUUUAA